GAAUAAACUAUUAUAUUAUAAUUAGAAAAAUAAUGUCGGCAAAAAUGAAAGUGUAAGUUGCUAUACAUAGUGGUAGAGCAUGGGGAGGAGGGUUGGUUGCGUAGCACUUAGCCAUUAAUCCAUUAAUCAAUCCAUCGUCUCUUACCUCUCUCUUUCUCUUUCUUAUGAGAUCGGAUCCAUCGUCGCCGGUGUUUUCAUCUUCAUCUUCAUCUUCUUCAUAAUCUCCUUGGAUCAAUCAAUGGCCGUCGUGUCGCCAUUAGCCAAGUACAAGCUGGUCUUCCUAGGCGACCAAUCCGUCGGCAAAACUAGCAUAAUCACGCGUUUCAUGUACGACAAAUUCGACACCACCUAUCAGGCCACUAUCGGUAUCGACUUCCUGUCGAAGACGAUGUACCUCGAAGAUCGAACGGUUCGAUUACAGCUCUGGGAUACUGCAGGUCAGGAGAGAUUCCGGAGCCUUAUUCCUAGCUAUAUAAGAGACUCGUCCGUCGCCGUUAUUGUAUACGACGUCGCAAAUCGACAAUCAUUUUUGAACACUUCGAGAUGGAUCGACGAAGUGAGAACAGAACGAGGCGGAGAUGUCAUUAUCGUUCUAGUGGGGAACAAAACGGAUCUUGUUGAGAAAAGGCAAGUUUCAAUCGAAGAAGGAGAUUAUAAAGCCCGAGAAGUCGGAGUCAUGUUCAUGGAAACUAGCGCAAAGGCCGGUUUCAAUAUUAAGCCACUAUUUAGGAAAAUAGCAGCAGCAUUGCCAGGGAUGGAAGCACUGACCUCCACAAAACAUGAAGAUAUGGUGGAUGUCAACUUGAAACCUACUUCCAACACAUCUCAGGCAGACCAACAAGGAGGAGGUUGUUCAUGCUAAGACAGCCACACACGCAUAACCGAAGACCAAUUUAUCGACAGGUGGAGCCAAAAAACAAAUAGGAUUUAGUAGAAAAUGUUGGGAUUCCUACGUGUACGAACAUUUUUUAUGAUGAAGAUGAACAUACAUUCCUAACUAACAUGAAACAGAGCAGUAAGCUGCAGGAAUUUUCUGCAGUUAUGAAUAUUGUUUGUAGCUAUUUAAAUAUACAAGAAAGAAUCUUUGCAUACGAAUAAAUCAGCUAAG